AUGGCGCCCAAGAAGAAGCGCGGGCCGAGCGCAGGCCGGCGACCGGGCACGAGCGAGGAGCCGCUGUCGGAGCGCGCGCUGUACCUCCAGCGCGAGUACACGCUGCUGACCCAGGAGCUGGAGGACUGCGGCGAGCGCCUGGACCACGUGCUGCAGGAGAACGCCUUCCUAGACCGCGAGGCGUUGCGCCUGCGCGAGGAAAACCGGUUCUACGCCAGCUACGUGAACGCGCGCGCGCAGCGCUGCGCCAACGCUGUGGUGCGGCUGGACGACCAGAACCGAAUGGAGCUGGCGCAGAUCCACUGGCAGCGGGCCGAGCUGGCCUCACUCUACCAGGGCCGCGAGGAGGGUGUACGCUCGCAGCUGCUGGAGAUGGAGGCGCGCGCAGCGCAGAUGGCGCGCCAGGUGCAGGAGCUGCAGCCCUACAAGGAGCUGCAGCUGGAGCAGCUGGCACGGAUCCGGACUCUGGAGCGCGAGCUCCUCCACAUGCGCGUGGAACACACGCAGCUGCUGCACCGCGUGAAGCGGCGCUUCCUGGACAACAAGGCGACCUUCGAGCGCGAGGCGCGCCAGUGUGUGCAGACCCUGGCGCGGCGUGCGGAGCGGGAGGCGGCGCGCUCGCUCAUCGUGCACACACAGGCUAUCAAGGCGGACAACGGGCGGCUGCGGCAGGAGUUACUGCGGUUGCUCCGUCGAGCCCAGGUACUGCAGGACACGCGGCGCAAGCUACAGGAGCAGCGCCAGCAGCUGCAGCGCGAGCACGUGGACACACGGGAUCUGGCGCGUGUGCAUGGGUGGCUGCGCCGAGGUCCUGGAGGCCCGCCGCUCUGGCAGCCGCCGCCUGCCAAAUCCCAGCCCAGCUCCCUGGCAUCCUGCACAGGCAAGGGGCGCCUGGUCCCGCAGUCUCCCUCCGUGACCCCUUUGCAGGUGGAUUCCCAGGACCUGGCCCAGGCCCAGGAUGUCUCCCAGAUCCCGUCACCCGCAGGCUCACAGGCCCAGUCCACGGGCUCUUGGACUCCGCCCUUGGUGCCGUCCCAGGAGAGCGCAAGGAUCUCUCCCUGGGUCAUGUCUGGCUCGGCCUCUCGGAAAGGCAGCCGGGCAGAGUCCCACUUCCAGUCUACUGCGGAUUUCCUCCCAGCUCGGGCUCCGCGCUCUCGGGCUUCGAAGGAGCCCUUGAACAGCCACCCGGGCUCGGACGACACUUUAGGGAGGACCUGA